CAAAGAAGAAGAAGAAAAAAAAAGAACACAUCAUGAAACUGAAUCCACAUGGAAAUAUCCGGCUAUGUCAACUUUUGACCACUGGAGGUCGCCUCUGCUCCAAGCAAAUCUCUCAGGAGGUGUCAGAGGGUGUUCUGUAGCCAUGGAGACUCAACAGCGGUCUCCCGAUUUUUCCUUUAGCAAAAGGCUAAUAGACUAUCUCCAGUGACAGGGACAUUGUUUAACGGUUUAUAUAAAAGAGCAAUGUCUUUAAAUCUAAAUUCCAAGAAAUUAAACAAUCUCCCCGAGUGUGUGUGCAGAUUAACACACCUGUCAGUCCUCUUGUUGAGCAACAACUUCAUCAGUGGCCUCCCCGCCGAGCUGCUCUCUUUGCAACAACUGGUUGAGUUGAAUUUGGGAAAUAAUGCACUAAAGGAGAUUCCCGCUGUUCUGGGCCAUCUGGAAUUCUUGAAAAAACUGUACCUGUUCAGAAACCAAAUUACUGUAGUGCCUCCUGAUGUGAUAGGUUGUUUACAAAACCUUGUCCUAAAUCUAAACCACAACAAGAUUCAAAGACUUCCACCAGAGAUUAAAAGCUUAAGCAAACUUCAACAUCUGAGUUUGCUGGACAAUAAUGUAGAGGAACUUCCUGAAGAAAUCUGUCAUCUCACUAUGUUUUCUGACUUAACUUACAACAGCCCUGUUUGGCUACCUUAGCAGCUGUGCCAGUUCAGAGAGCUGACAAAGCUGUAUGCAGCUAGAAACAAGCUGACCAGCCUGCCAGAGGGAGUUAAGACACUGACUAAAUUUAUUCUUGAUAUGGCUGGGAACAAGUUGACCAUAUUCCCUGUUGAUUUCCACCUGCUGCCGCUGAAGGAACUGUACUGUGAGGGUAACAGGUUUGUGCAAUGUGCAUCGGUGCUAUUGCUGCAGGAGUUUGAGGUGUUUACACUAAAGGAACUGGUGUCCAGAUUUGUUUUGAGAGAGCAGAGGAACAGGUUCUCUCUGGUCGACAUGAUGCUUCCUCAUUACCCAAGCCUGACUACCUUGUUGGCCUUUAGCAGCUGUUGUGCAGUUUGCCGGGGACCUUUCUUAACCACUUGGCUUGAGUGUGUGCAUUUUAUAAAUCUAAAGAAGGCAGCAGAUGUUGGGUCCUGCAGCAGUUUAGCAGCAGCAGUGGCAGCACCAGCUCAGCAGCCUCAGGACUUCCCUGUUAGUCGGUCUGGUGCCUGGUGUUGA